UCAUUUAAAAUUUUUAUCAAGUUGAUAUAAUACAUGGAUUUACUUUAAUAGUUUUUUUAAUGAUCUGGUAGGGAAAAACGACUAACGUUAAAUCAGUGAUAGUUUAUUUGUUAUAUAUAUUAUGUUUGUGAAGAUCCCUCCAAGCUCCGUUCUGACACGUUCUUGAGACGCCAUGUUUGUCACGUUUUUGCUAGUUGUGAAUUUAUUUGCCCAAAAAUUUCACAUUUAGUAGUUUUUCGCAAGCUAUAAGCAAGUGUCUUAAAAUUUAUCCACAAUGAGUAGCGUCUUUCCGAAGAACAAGGGGAAGCGGUCCCGAUCAUCGUCUGGAGAAUCUAACAAUUCGUUCGUAAAGAACGUGACGUCACGGGUGUCGGGUUUGCUGCCAGCUACUAUAACAAAAUGGUUCAGCAGCCCUCGCUCCAGUGCCAAUGGUUCGGCGGGCGGUGCGGACGCGACGGACUCGUCGACGGAAGAUGAGGGCACGGAGAGCCCGGUGCAGCCCCCGAAUAAGAGGAUGCGGCGAGAAGAACGCUCGUUCGGGAGCGCUGACGCAAGUUGCGUCACAAACAACGUUGAGACAAUAGAGACGUCCACCCAAUACACAGUUCAAUCGCCGCCCGGGCGGACCACGUUCCGGCGGGAAACCAACUUCGUGUCGACACCCAUCAGGCCAGACGAGACCGCGGUCGACCGGACCGCGGACCGGACGGAUAAGGACUCGACGACAACCUUCACUCAAAACACGACGGCGGCCUCUAUAGGCCUCAGUGCUUCCAGAAAGAGGAAAUCCCUGUUUGGGGAUAAGACGCAGGAGUUGAGUGAUGCUACUCAAAAGGCUUAUGCGAAAACAUCCAGCAACACACUCCGGGACCCACGGCAGCCAUCGUUCAAGCCCACGCUUCUCGGCUCCCCAUUCUACGCCGGCAAGACCACAUACGGUGGCGCCGCGUCCUCCUACAUAAACCAGCCGAAUAUAUCACAGAGACAGAACACCACAGUGAAAGAGGCGCCGAGCACUAGUGAUAGCAACAUGAGUACGUCCGCGAAGCGGAUCCUGGACCUCCUAGAGUCGUACUCCUCACCCCUGAUGGACGCCAAGAGGAUACCUCACUACACGAGGCCCACCAGGCAAGAAGUGUUGAAGCGGCACUCCGAGGCCUCCAGUUCACACAGUUUGUUGUCGCCUUACAACAAAACUAAUUCCUACAAAAUGCAAGAGUUGCACGUGCCAAGCAUAGCAUCGAUCUUGCGACUGAAGCAGCGCUCGCGGCUCGACGACUCGACCAACGCCGCGCGGCAGCUUGUCGCGUCGCACAGUAGCACCUCGCCCGACUACUUGCCUUACCCGACCGCUGCCAAGAACAGAGACCAAUCGGAGGUGGACGGCAACAGCAAGUUUACGACUAAAGUGAAGACGAAGCGGACCAGGAUUCAUGGAACUGAAGCUAACGCAUUAGAAACCGAAACUAUCACUCCUGUGGAACUACCAAAAGCAGUUUUACAAAUUGAUCCUAACAAUUUACCAAAUUUCAGCAUCCCAGUAGCCUCUAAAUCAAGCUCAAUAGAAAAACCUACUCUAACAAUGCCAUUCGCAUCUAGUACGUUCGCACCUAAAACGACCAGUGUCGAAAAAAGUAAGUCGGAAACAACAUCUAGCAACAGUAUUUACAAUUUCGCUAAUCCAGUGAGAAUAACUAGUGAAUCUCCUAAGCCGACGUCAACGCCUCCCAAAUUCACAUUCGGUAGCCCAGAGCGAAGUAUAGACAAGCCUCUCGUUAAUGAAAAGACUUCUGAGCCUUCAAUAAUUCUAGGUGCGUCAAAAGAAAGCGAAAAGAAAACUGAGGCGGCGGCGGCCGAUUGGAGCUGCCCAGACUGCUGGGUGAAAAAUAAAUCAGACACGGCGUCUUGCGUGUGCUGCGGGCACAAGCACCGAGCUGCGGCCGCCGCUCCCCCCGCGCUCCCCCCCAAGUGCUCCCUCUGCAAACUCGCCAAUACCCAACCCAACUCCGACAAAUGCGUCAACUGUGCGAAAGUUCAGGUCAACAACAUCGCUAAGCCUCUCAAGGCGGACACCACCGCCAAGUGGUCCUGCAAGGACUGCUGGGCCAGCAACGACGACUCCUCCGACAAGUGCGCCUGCUGCGGCGCAGCCAAUCCCAAGAAACAGUCCACACAAACUGUUACCGCUGUGGAGAAAUCGGGAGGAAUGUGCUCUAAAUGCUUCUCUACAAAAAAUAGCGAUGGAACCUGUAGCAAAUGUGCAGAGAGCAAACCCGACAACACAUUCAAGAUUGUGCUAAAAUCCCAGGCCAACAAGUGGGAGUGUGAACAUUGCUUAGUUAGGAAUGACAGCGAUAAAACCAAAUGCGUCUGCUGCGAGGCCGAGCGGUCCGGAGCGCCCAAACAGCCAGAGAAGAAGCAAUUCAACUUCGGAACUGUCAACACUACAUUCAAAUUUGGCAUUGAUCCGAAAGUGCAAGAAGCUAACUUAGCUAAAAUUUCGGAGAAACCGGCAGAAACAAAAGAUAAAGUAGAAGAAUCCGAAACUAACAAUAAUGUGCUAGCGAAGGCGCCGCCAACGUUCUCCUUCGGCAUACCGGCCAAGAAAACGGAGGAUCAGCUUGACGCUUCGAAGGCGGCAGAGAAAGCAGCUGAGACACCCAAAGCUACCUUCACCUUUGGCGUUCCUAAACAGAACUCAUUAGCACCAACCAGUCCGCCCGCACCGAUGUUUGGGAUCCCAAAUAAACUGACAGAAGUUUCUAAAGAAUCCGAAAAGAAAGACAAACCGGAAGAAAAAGAGAAGCUGGCGUUGAAUGAUAAACCCGAGGAAGCGAAAAAGGCAGAUGAGCCUGCUAAGCCGCCAAUUAUGAUGUUUGGUCCGGCCCCGUUGGCAGACAAGUCUACGACGAAUCAGCUGCUAAGUACGGCGUUUACUCUAAAGAAGGACGCCCCAAGCGCAUCGCUCAGUUUGGCUACCACGAACGCCACAAGCGCAUCGCUCAGUUUGGCUACCACGAGCACGCCUGCGCCUAUCCUGACUUUUUCGGCCCCGAAGACCGGAUCAGCCGAAAAAACCGGCCUCUUUGGCGCCGCCGCGACAUCCUCGUCCGCGACCACCAUAUCCUUCGCGCCAACUACCACAGCCUCGGCUACCUCAGCUUUAUCCAUGUUCCAAAAGACUGACGAAAAACCUAUGAAUACAAUCUUCCAAAAGAGUGAACCGUCGACGACGGCCCCGACCUCCAUAUUCCCAAAGAGCGACGCGCCCGCGGCGUCCACCGCCGCGCCACCCGCGCCCGCGCCGGCCGCAACGCCCAUGUUCAGCUUUGGCAGCUCUCAAGCGCAAUCAGGCGAAAAGCCUAGCUUUAAUUUCACAUUUGGUAGUAGUAAUAAAUCUGACGUGUUCAAACCGCCAACAUUCGCGGCGAAGGACAGCAGCACCACCAUUAACAAAUUUUCACUCGGAGGUUCUUCGACGGAAAAUCCUUUAGCGCCCAAUCCUGUGGCCGGAGGCAACGGGCUGUCGGCAACUAACAGCUUGACCAGCGGCAAUGGUCUAUCGGUUAAUCCGCUAGCGGUGGGUUUGUCGCCCGGAAACGGCCUAUCCGCGGCCGCUCCUAGCAUAUUUGGGUCGGCAAUUCAGAAGGAGAACUCUUGGACUCCGCCAAACAACAGCGCGGCGAAUCCGUUCAACGCGAACGCGACCACGAACAGCGCGCCAAAACCUUUCUCGUUCGGAUCGUCGACGCCGUUCAGCGGGACCCCAGCGCCGGCAUUCGGCACAAGCAACACGCAGACAUCGACGCCGGCAUUUGGAAGCAACUUGGCAACGUCGCCACCCGCGUUCGGGUCGGCUACUCAGCCGGCGGCGGCACCAGCCUUCGGCGCAUCUCAGACCGCGGCAACGCCCGCAUUCGGCUCUAUAGUGCAAUCCACGCCUAAUAUUUUUGGGAUGCCUAGUCAGAACAGCCAGCCGUCCAUAUUUUCGACGCCAAACCAGAAUUCGACGGGGAUGUUCGGGUCGCCCACGCAGCCGGCCCAGGCGCCGGCCCUGGGCAUGUUCGGGCGGCCGAACGUGGGCGCCACGCCGACGUUCGGCACGCCGAACCCCUCGAUACCCACCUUCGAGGCGCCGUCGGUGCCGGCUCCAGCGCCCUCCUUCAACUUCGGCACGCCUCAAACUUCCUCCUUCAUGUUCGGACAACAGCCACAGCAACAGGCCCAGCAGCCCCAGACGGGCGUGUACAACUUCGGCGCCGCCGGCGGGCAGGCGGCGCAGGUCCAGUUCAGCAUGGGCAGCGCGCCCAGCGCCGGCAUGCGGCGCGUGCGCCGUGGCUUGCGCCGCACUACGCAGCGGUGAACCCCUGCCUGCCACGUUGGACCCGGCUAAUUGAGUGACCGGUAAUGUUUGGCAAAACCUCGAGUCCUCAUUAGGCUCGGCUCAGUUUUUUAGACACGUCGACAAAUUGAGUUCUGUUUAAUUUCUAGUGGAGACAACAAUUUUCAAGACGCGUUAGUUACAAUUAUGGUUUAGAUUCAAUUGCGACGAUUUUCUAUAUUGAAAAUAAAUACUCUAUUGAUAGAUGAAAACUCCGUGAAAAUCCGUUCAGUAGUUUAUGAGUUUAUUUCGAACAUACAAACAGACAGACGCGGCGAUGGACUUUGUUUUAUAAUAUGUAUUGAAAAUCUGUCAUUUAAAUAAAGAAGACUUUAUUAGGACUCGAGUUCUUUUAAAUCACACUAUAAAGACUGAAUAAGGACUUAAAGCUAGAGUCUGGCUAGCCAAAAAUUGUUGACAGAUAUUUCGUUGUUAUAUCACCAAUUGUCUAUGAUCUAAAAAAAAGCUAAAAAUCAGUUGUCAAUUUAGUCCGGUGCGGAGCGAUCCGCACGGACGGUCCGCGUGACACUAAAACCAGCCUAUGUCAUUCAUUCAAAUUGUGUGCGGUUUAUAAGGGGUUUAUUUUAAAUAAUACUAAUAAUGUCUUUACUGAGUGAGGUUCGCAAAAUAUUAUUUAAGCUCAUAAAUAAUUACGACAAUAUGCGAAGUCGACUUACAAGUUAACUUCGCACUUACACAACGCUACAUCGUUCUAUAACGAAAAACUGAAAUGUUUUAAACUCCUAAACAAAUUGGAAGGUUGGUGCUCUAUAAAUAUUUUUAAUACUUAACAUUCAGCAUAUUUGGCAUAGUACUUAUGUAUUUUUUUUGGUGAUGGAUUAAUAUUACGGUAUUAUCGAGCUAGGUCUUAUUUACACUACAUUUCAUUUUCCGUCUUGUAUAUACAAUACAAUGGUUGUUUAUACAAUAAUAUGUUGAGAAAGUGUUAACAUAUGUGUUUAUCGCUGACUGUACUUUACAGUGGUAGAAAUUAUGUGAGCUGACUUUGAGUGCACGUCAACGUAUAUUUAACUUAUAUCCUUAGGUACCUUACGUGUGCACAGAUAGUCAAAAAUAUUUUCUAGCAUCAAAACUAUAAUUCCUACUACACAAAGUGUGACCAGCCUAAGAUUUUUUGAAUUUCCCGCCAACAUUUGUGUAAUAUUUCAGUAGCCAGACUCUAAUAAAAAUACUCGUCCGUUUGAAGUGUCCUAAAACUGAGUCUACCUACAAAUUUAAACUCAAAAGACUCGAGUUCUUACCAAAUACUAAUGACCGGUGUCGGCACUGUUCGGCUUCGUUGCUAAACUAACUACAACAUAAGCAAACGGGAAAUAUUUAACUUCAAAAUUGUAAGAACAUCUUGCAUCUUGAACAUUGUUCCCGUUUGGAAUUGUACUAAAUUACUCGUCGGAACGGUGAUGUCAGUUCCCGAUAUGACCAAACUGAAUGAGCCAGUGGCGACCGGGCACUGACGUCAUUUACUUUGCCGCUAUCUAGUUUAAUUAUAUGUUAGGUAUUUUAUUUAGACGAAGGUUUUCUUUAGUAACAAAACUGCACAAAAGACGAUGUUGAAUUCGAGCUUUUGAGCGGUUUGCCCGUAUUGUUUUAGAUUGCCGCUAUUGAUCUUUGUUUGCGUUAGCCACUUUGUUCAAUAUUUUUUUUUUUAUGAAAUGUUUUCAUGGAAUGAUAUCGAGCGUAUUAAUUGCCGUGUACGUGUCCUGUGAUACGUGUAUUACUGUAACAGAAUGCUUAAGCGAAUACUUGCAACUUGUAAGGUUUGUCAAAUCCUCUAAAAUUAAAUAAGAUUAUUGAAAGGCCUAGUUUAUAUAGCUUAGUCUAUCAUUAUGCAGGAUGAUUCUUUUAAAGUGUUGACGUAACUUAUUCCCCGUCGGAAGUCCAUUUCUGAUUUGGUGCCAUAGUAAAGUAACAUGCAUUGCAUGUUCCUAAAUUAUUAACUUGGAAUAAAAUAUGGGCUAGAUAGAUUUGACAGACUAUAACUAUGUGUGUGACUUGCAUUGAGCACUGUAAUUGUAAUCUCAAUUUACCGGAUUCUUAUUGAAAUUAGAAUUACGAUCUGACGCGUAGCUUCGAAAUGUAAACGCAUAUUUUGUAUCAAAACGUAUAUGGAUUAAAAAAAAAAAACAAAAACAGAUAUAUAGAAUAUAUGUUAAAUGCAAUGCCUUCUAGUACACCGGUUGUAUAAGGUCUCAGCCGCUCCGAGUACAUUGUAACUGUCGAUACGAUAAGUUAUUGUUUGCACAUAGAAAUUAUAUUGUAUUAAAAUAGCUGUCAGUACGUGGAUGACGUUUCAACCGAUAAAGCGUCUGUAGUGCGGCCAUCUUGCCUCGCAUUCUUUAUUCAAAAUGGCGGCGUUAGCAGGGUUGUCAGUUUAAGGGCUGUAGAAUAGGGUUUCCCAACCUUUUUGCGUCGACCCUUGUCUGGUAGUAAAAAUGCUGCCAUGUUCUCCUUAAUUUUGUUUAAUACAAAAAUAAAAGAAAUAGGUAAUAGUUUUGAAUACACGAGCCUCUUUCUCUACUCAGUUGGUAAACUGAUUUUUUUUGUGUUCCAUAGUCAACUUAUGGUUUCGUCAUGUCCGUCUUUCUGCCGCAGCCUUGCUCCGUGAUAGCAGAAAGCUGCAAUUUGGCAUGGAACAACAUAAAUCAUGCAUGGCGAGAAAACGGUAAAAUAAAAACUACAAAAAAAUAUUUUUUAAGGUACCUCCCAUACAAAAUAUUUUCUUUUUCAUUUUUUUUUCGCUUUAAUCAAAGUUAUAAUUGCUGUCGUUGGAUAGGUCCUUCAAAAAAAAGGGUCUCCAUCAACUUUAAUAUAUAAUAAAUAAUCGCUCCGAAAAAUAUAAAAAAAAUUGUUUCCUUGUCAAUAAAAAAAAAAAUACGAACCAUGGGUCCAAAAACUAUGAAAAAGAAUAUCGUAAAACACACUUAUGUACCUAUAUACUUUCAAUGAAAACUAUAGCGAAUAUGAUCGGUCCAGCAGUUGAGUUAUUGCAAAAUGUCCUCUCUUCUUUGUGAAAUGACUUACAAAGCGCUGCGAUGAUAGGUACUCCCUUUGCUUGUAAUAUUUACUACUAGCCCCCGUUUCUCCUAUAUUUCUGACAAAAUGGUAACUACGGAUCCCUACAUUGAGCAUGGCUCGACAUGCUUCCGCCGGUUUUUUUUAAAACUUUUGUUUACUAUAAAAGCGAAUGUAUUCUAGUAAAAUAUUCGAGGUUCAAGGCCUAAAGAUAUCACUCUAAAUCGUCACAUCAUUGGGCAGUGUACACUCAAAAAACUUAACCGUCUCUUCUGUCCUCUUGGGCAGACCCGGGGUCUCACAGGUUGGGAAACCUGCUAAAGAAGUUUCGCACAGUCAACAUCGAAUAGUUGGUGACAGCCUAUGUGGCCAAAUAUAGUUGGUUAAACCAAUUUAUCAGUCAGUAAGAACCAGGAAAACUAUACUCAUCCUUUUCUUUCGGGUGCUAGUACUAGUUUAAGACAAAGAUAGUAUGAUUAUCUCUGUCUAUGAUUGAAAUGAGACAGUCCUUUGACAAACUAUAUAUACAGGCUGUUUGGUACAUCGUUUGCCAAAUUAAAACGGCAGAUAGGUUGAGUCAUUUGCUAUCUUCUCAGGCCUAGAAAUUUUUAAUUUGGUGCCAAUUUUUUUUUCACUUCUAUGACAGUUUUUUGUAAAUAUCAAAUUUUUACUUGAGCAGUAGUAAAAAAAACAUGGGCAAUUGUUUUUUCUAGACAGCAGAUAGCAAAUGACUCAACCUAUCUGUCGUUUUAAUUUGGCAAACGGUGUACCAAACACCCUGUAUAUCGUAAUACAUCUUAAUUUCAUAUGGUAACAAGAGUUGCAAUAUAUUAAGCCACUUAUGCUGCUAUCAAUUAUCUAAAGAUGACCACAAGUUUUGGUAAUGAACGAAUUUAAUGUAGUAUCAAAAUUAAGUGUAGGUAAUUGAGUAUGAUCACCAACCCUAAACUCCUUUGCAAAAUUUGACAUAGGUGUGUAGAAACAUGCACUUGCACUCACCUGAUAAAAAAUUACUAAAUGAUAAUUACUCACGCCGCGUUUUUACCGACCGUUUUUUUGACCAAAUUUGGAUUUUUCCUAAAUAUUCGUUUGUCACUGACGAGGCGUCGGCGUCAAUUAUAUUGAACAGGGAAGCCGAAAAAUACUUUGACCAAGAAUUUAACCGAAUAUUUUCAUACUUGACGUGUAGGAAAAAUACUCUUAAAAAUUCAUUACAAAAUGCCAAUAAAAAUUAAAACCACAAUAAUUUUAAGCAAAAUUCAUUUGUUUUAAAUAUUCUCAUUUAGCUUUGAUACAUAAACGCAAAAAAUGUCAACGUAUUUUUGGGCGAUUGAAGGGACGCUUUCCAUCUGGAAAGCGUCCCUUAUCGUACAUUGACCCGCCUGUUGCUAUCUCUAUUGCACGCGUAUAAUUAUAUUGUUAAACGUAAUUGUUGAAUAUUAUUUGUUUCUCGCUCUAAACCUUAAGAAAUAAACCAACAAAAAUGGAUAAAGAACUAACCGAUAGAUGGUAACAUUUAUGAUUUAGAUUUAUCGACCGCGCUGCAAUUUAUUUUUAUUCGCGUCAGUCGACUCGGUCGUGUGUCAGACAUGUGCUCGACUACCCUGUAUACUUCUAUUUUCGUUUAUAUAGAACCUAAAUAACGCAUUGUGCUAAUUGACCUACACUUAUUUACCAAAAUAAGAAAGAAAUAUUUUUUUAGAAACUUUAAAUAGGAUCACUGAUUUAAACUUUCACGAUUUUUACACAUUAUUAAAUUGUACAACGGUAUCUUAAAACAUAAAUACGCGAUUAAGCACCGUUGUAUGUACAAUUUUAUAAUAGGAUUCCGCUAAUUAUCAUAUUGGAAUAUGUGAUUAGUUAUGUGUUAAGACUGCAUUAUCUUCAAACGAUUCGUCUUCAGUUGUGAUAUGAAAUGAAACGUAUAUGCUGACAAUUCACAUAGCUCUAUCAGGCAUAGAUUCGUAUUGUAUCUCUUUCAUCAACAUACAAAACAAAAGGGAUGCAACUCAAAUAUUUUCCAAAUACAUAUAGCCAUGUGAAGGGCCAGUAAUUAGCCCAACUUCAUUGACGCCAAGCGAUUAUGAAGCUUAUUAUACUAUUUAUAGUGAUUAAUUUAUUAUUUUACGUCAAUGACUGAAAUUUAGAUAUAGGAUAAAACGCCAGUGCCACUUUUUAAAGUGAUUCUUCCUAGUAGAAAAAUGUAAUUCUUCAACAAAAGACGAAUCGUCAGAAGUUGCCUGUUCGUAGAACUUUAGAAUUUAUAAUUUUGAAUAUUUGUCUCACACACUUAUUAUAUUUACUCCUUGAAAUUUAAUUCCGUUCCGAUAUAGUGCAAUAUAUAGUUGCUCAUAUCUCAUAUGUAUAUAUAUCAAUAGCCUUAAAGUGUAAACGCGAAGUAGAGAUAUGUAACACUACUAUUGCGCCUAAUCUGUUCUAAUUAUGUGCUACAGAGGGGGUAGCUUUCGUAUGACAUGACGUUUUUUUGUUAAAUUUUAAAUUAGUUUCAUGAUAAUGUUACCCGCGAUGUCAUGCGGAAUAUGAGCUUGCGUAAAUUACCUAUUGUAACACUAAAUAGUUAUAAGUUUCUCUGUAAAUUUUGUUAGUGGAAAUCUUCCAUAGGCAUAAAAUUAUAAUUUUACUCAAACUACUUUUGUAAAAUUGCCGAAGUAAAUGGCGUCAUAUUUGAUGGUGUCACGUAUGUCGAUGAUUGUAUUAGUAUUUUAAUUUUAUACCUUGAUUUAACAGCAGAAUAUAGUUUCAUAGUUUCGUGAUAACGUCUCUUAUUUUGUUACUUUAAAUUUGACAAAGGGGCGCCCGCUUAGGUUGUAUUAUUCAGACAAGAGACGUUCUUCUUCAUCGAAAGCGGACACCGCACCAAACAACCAUUGUAUUAAAAAAUGGGUUACUAUACAUAUAGUUACCCACUUUCGAUGAAGACAGUAAAGGUCAAAAUCUAUUUAGCUAUCAUUCCGAAUUCACGUUUAUAUGUAUGGAAGCUGGUCUUUCAGAAUAAUGUUGAAAAAUCACAAGUGAGGUAGCAGGCGAUGUAACUAAGUACUUAUAGUUGAAAAUUGUAAUUUGUGCGGGUCUCGAAGAUAAUGUAAGGGUAAUGUGUGAAUGGGAUCUGUGAGGUAGCCAAAUGGCAGAUCGUUAGUGUCCGCCUAUGGGAAGCCAGGAGGCGGCCUUCGCACGGCUCGUACGAGCGUGGAUGGCCGGCGACCAGGACGGACGGGCGCAGAAGCGCUGUCCGCUCCUAGAAAGAGUAAGGAAAAACGAAUAUCUCCGUUAUUGUAGUUUUGCUCUAAGGACACCCCUUGUCCAACUAAGGAAGGCUACCAUUGUAAUAGGCAUCCUAUUUUGUAGGUAUCUUUAAGUUAUAGAAGUAUCUUCAGCAUGGAACAACGUCAGGCAAAACAUUGUAACAGGCUCGUAGAUUCGUUGGGAUCGAUAUUUUGUAUAUUAAAAAAGUAAUUCAUAGGAAAAAUUAAACUUUAUAAUGAUAUAAGUUUGUUUAUAUAUGUGCUCCAUUGACUGUUACGAUAUUUUGCUUGUUUAGUAAUUAUUUCUGUAUAUAGUUAGUUGAGUUGAAUCAUUUCGCGAUUUGUAGUCGCAUUUGGACCUUAGUAAUUUUAUCGUAUUUUUUUUUAUAAGUAACAAAUUAAAUCAAAAGGCCUCCAAAUGCGCACUACUCUGAGUCACUAAGUAAUGUAAUGUAAAAACAUGUUAUUGUAUUUAACUGAACUAUCAGUGAAUAUUACAAUAAAGAAUAAUGGAAACUUGGGGAGCAAAACUAAACUUGUAUACUUCCGCGAAUUGAUAUUAAUGUUGACGAAUUAAAUGAUAAUUACGAUCGUUGAUUUAUAAAUGCUUUAGAUUUGUUCCUCAAUUAAACUGCCAUCAAAAUUA